UGCGAAGCUUCGCAGUGCAAAAUGCAUUGCCUAUACAGCUUGUUUUUUUGGAUUGCUUUGGGGCUGGUGUGUUUCCGAAUAUACCUGAAGCUGAUGACAGGUUGGUGUAGAAGUCAAGUGUGUUUGGUUGGAAAAACUGCGUUGGUAACGGGUGCCAAUACAGGAAUUGGUUAUGAAACUGCUUUGGAUUUCGCCAAAAGGGGCGCCACCGUGAUCCUAGCGUGCAGGGACGAAUCAAAAGCGAGAAAGGCGCGGGACAACAUCAUAGAAGAGACCAACAAUAAGAAUGUAUCGUACGGUCUAGUGGAUUUUCUAGAUUUGGCGUGCGUCAGGAAGUUCGCCGACGAAUUUAAUUCGACUCACACGCGUCUAGAUAUUUUAGUAAAUAACGCCGCCGCAGUCCGUCUGAGGGGGGUCACUACAGACGGAUAUUUGGCCGCCGUGCAAGUGAAUUAUCUGGGUCCGUUCCUGCUCACCAUGUUGCUGCUGAAUUUGAUCGUGAAAACGCCAUCGGCUAGAAUCGUCAAUGUUUCUUCGUCUGCUCCCAAUUAUUCCAAUCCGUUGGAUAUGGAUUUGAUGUUUGACGGUCCUGACCGCACGAAAGCCUACUAUCGAUCGAAAUUCGGUAACAUACUCUUCACGAUCGAGCUGGCGUCGAGACUGGCAAAUACGACCGUCACAGUUUACUCUCUCCACCCCGGUGUGGUGGAUACCGACAUAUUUCGAAGACUACCGCCAAGCUGGAAGUUUGUAAUGGACUAUAUCGUGCGGUGGUUUAUGAAAGUAAGAAGAAACAUCCAAAAAAUGUCCUUACUACACGACACAAAAAUAAACACCUCGCUUUCAGACCUCUUUGGAAGGCGCCCAGACGACCAUCUAUUGCGCAUUACAAAAAGGGAUCGAGUCGUAUUCGGGGGAGCACUUUGAAGACUGCCAUUUUGUCAGCCGCUACGCACCGGUUGCGAAGUCCGUCGACCAAGGCACACACAAGCUUCUAUGGGACAAAAGCGUGAAGCUUCUAGGCUUGGACGUGACUAUUUAAUAAGCGCAUCAAAUUU